GAGGUGGGGCAGGCCGGCGCGGCCGCAGCGCCUUCCAGUCAGCGCGGAGGCGGUGUUGAGUUCAGCCGCUCCCCACGGCUCCUGAGCCCCUGGGCGGUGGCGGUGGCCGUGGCAGCACCAGCUCGACGGCGGAGAGGGCCCUGGGCCCGCUCCGCUCGGGGCGCUCGGUGGGCGGAGCGUUGGGCUCGGUCAGUUUGGAGAGGCUUAUGCGGUACCUGACUCAUCCAGCAAAUUAAGACCUGCCAACUUUUUGAUAAUCUGGUCAAUAAAUUACAGAACGAUUGUUCCUUUCAAGCUUUGUUCAAAACGUGUCAACUCUGCUUAAUUAAGCACUUUGAUGAUUUAAGAACUCUUGGAAAUCCUUUUGUAUUAUUGCUCAUUCAUACUUGUUCAUCAAAGCCUGGAGUCCUUAAGGACAGAAUUUACCUCUAAACAGAAAGAUGGAAACUAAAGUACAUUUAUUCUGCCAGGCAGAGGAAAAUAUUGACUUAUUAGAUGAUGGCUCUAAUUCUUUUGCAACUGACUUGCCAUCAGGAAAUAUUAACCACAAGAAAUACAUCAAGUUUUCUAAAACAAUAGAGAAGAAAAUUUCACCAGAAAUUAGGAGUUUGAGCCCAGAAUAUAAAAAAAUAUUUGAAACAUCAAUAAUCCUUUGUGGAGAAGAAAAGUCCUCUGAUUUUUCAGGAGAAAAAAAAGUUGGGAGAAAGAGUUUACAAGUACAACAGCACAGUAAAAGAACUGAGAUUAUCCCUCCUUUUCUGAAGCUGUCAAAGGAGAAGGUGACAAGGAAAGAAAACUCUUUAUGCAAGUUGUCGAAUCAGUACAGCGUUCACAAGACUUCAUCACCUCUUUGUACAUCUUCUGCAAUUACUCGGGAAAAGGAAAUGCUGUCUAACCUCUACAUGACAUUAUAUGAUGAAGUAACCCAUGGAUAUUUACACCCAAAAGAAUUAAGUGCACUUCAUAAAGCCUGUAAAAUUUUUAGUAAAAUUCGAAGUGGUAAGAUUUAUGUGAAUGAUCUUCCAGUGAUCCUUUGCAUCUUGAGAAUUUCUAUAAGUGAUUUAGAAAUGCGACAGGCACUAAAGACUGUUGAUAUUGAUGUUAAUGGAAUGCUGGAUUUUUCAAAUUUCCUUAAAGCUGUGGCUGAUGUUUCUUAUUUGGUCUCUCAGAAUCCAGCAUUCCAGGAUGCCUUGAAGACUUUCUGUAGGAUAAAAGGUGGUCGAGUUUCAACUGAUGAAGUGUUUGCUGUUUUGGAUAGCAUGGGUAUCCCUAUAAACCCUGAAAUUUUAGAAGAAGUGAUAAAACAUACCUAUAUUGACAGUAACCACAUGGUGGAUAUUGGGGAUAUUGUAUUUACUUUGAAUGAGCUACAGGAACGGUAUGAGGAUGUUUCAAUUACAGAAGGAUCACCUUUGGAUGAAAUUACUUCAGACAGAAAGUUAUCAAGUAUAGCAGGAUGCUAUCUAAAAUAUAAGAAGAAAAACAGUUUGUCUUCCAAACUCCCUGAACCUUCAAUAUCCAAAAAGUUAAAUAAAAAAAGCAACAAAUAUUAUAGCAAAAUUAUGGAGAAUGAUGACCUUGAAUCUAAAAGACCAAAAAAUACUUGGCAAAUAAGAAAAUUUCUGGGUGGAGUCGGCAGCAGUAAUGUAGGAGUCCAAGAACCAUAUUCAAAGAAUGGCAUAAACUUUAAAAAACAUUCAGAGAAGGGUGAAAUUCAUGACUCAAAGUCUAAACCACAAAGCUUGAAGAGUAGUACAAGCCUCAGUAAGUCUCUGGAUAAAAGUGAUAUUUCUAGUAUCCCAAAACUUCAGAAGCCAGCUGUAAGAAAGCAUUCCAGUCUCCUAAAACAGGUUUCGUCUACGGAAAAAACUGCAAUUAAUACUCUGAAAAACUUCUGUGAAGCUAUCAGUAAACUUCAAGAAAAUUACAUUGCAGCAGAAGAACUUCAGUCUAUUUUGCCUUCAACAGGAAUUAAUUUAUUAGAUGAAGAAUUCCAGAAGAUUGUGACAGACACUAGUAGAAAUGAGAAUGGAAUGCUGGAGUUAGAUGACUUUAUAAGUGCUCUCGCCAAGGAGCGAAGUUUUCCUGAAUGCAAUGUGUUGCCUGGUGUCAUUAAAGCCAUUGAUAAAAUUAAAGAUAAAAAUGUGGAUUAUGAGGAUCUAAAUACUUGUCUUCAAAAUUUUGGUAUUUACCUUUCUAAGCCAGAAUUUAAGAAGAUCACAGAAUUGACUGAAGCUGGUGAAACAAAAAAAGUGAAUUUUAAAGAAUUCAUUGAUACUAUGAUGAGCAACACAGAAUGCUUCUCUGAAAAAUUAUUAUUGCCUGAUGCUAUUGAAACACUCGACAAUCUCAGAAAGGAGACGAUGAGUGUUUCUGACCUGUGGAAUACUCUGUCUAGUUUGAACAGUAAUUUAAAAAAGGAUGAAUUUCUAGCUGCAUUGAAACUAGUGACAGUUGAUGAAGGUGACAAAGUACAAUUUGAAGAAUUUGCAAAAGUAGUAAGGAAUAUGCGUGAUGCCGCCAGGUUAGAAGAGUUACAGGAAGUUGUCUUAGCUGCUGAUUUGCUUGAAGGUGACAUGAUAGCUGGGAAGAACUUGGAAGACUUUCUAAGAAAUAUUGGGAUUAAGUCACCUAAAGAAGAGGUAGAGAAAAUUCUUCAAUCAGAUUUUGUUUCUGAAGAUAACAUGGUGAACAUUAAAGACUGUAUGAGGGCUUUGAGGGACACUCAGAAAUUUUCCAAUUAUAUUGCAUUGAAUGAGACUAUCAAUACAUUGGACUCCAUGAAAGAAAAUUGUCAGUUUGACAAAGACAAAAAUCCAGAUGUACUUGAAAAAACUGAUAGGCUUUCUUUUACUGAUGACAUACUUCAAGAAGUAAUGGAUGACUCCUUUGUUGAGGAUUUUAGGAAAGAGUCUUCAAAUCUAAAAUUACCAAAGGUAAACGAGAUUAAAGAAGCUGCUAACAUCUUGUCACAUGUUGAUAAUGGCAAGAUUGGUAUACCUGAUUUGGAGCAUGCCUUGAAAUGUUUGAAUGUUAAUUUAACUGAGGAGGACUUCAAAGAAGCCCUUAACUGUUGUAAUGUCAGUGAUAAUAUGGAGGUGGAUUUAAAAGAUUUCUUAAUGAAAAUGAAAGAAAGUCCACAUUUCCAAAAGUCCAAGGCUACACAGAUACUCUUAGCUACUACCCAAAUUCUCCAGAAUGAUCUAGUUGAUGUCUCUGACCUCAAGACAUUAUUGAUGGACAAGGACCUUCAUACAGCUAAUGCUAUGCUUACUGUAAUGUUAAGACAUGUACCUGAACAUGAAAGUGGUAAGGUUACCAUUCAAGAAUUUAUGACUAAAUUAUCUGAUAUAUUGACAAUUCCUAAAGCUACAGAAGAUAAAUUUUACAACAACAUCAUUCACAAAAAUGAUGUUACAGCCAUUUCUGGUCUCCAGAAAAAUUUAAAUGCCAUGGGAAUCUAUCUGACAGAUGAUAAAAUACAGAAAACUUUGGAUAAUACUAAUCCUAAUGAUGAAGUGGUGCAUUUUAAGGAUUUUAUCAGAGAAUUGGCCAACACUGAUGAAUUUACUGAAUGCCAAAAAAUAGAAGAUGCAUGGAACAUUAUUAAUAGUGUCUGUGAUGGGAAAGUUGAAAUUGAAGACCUUUUAUCCACUUUGAAGAGCCUGGAGAAACCUUUAAAUGAAGAAGAAUUUAAGGUCUUAUCAAACUGUGCAACAGAUGAAGGAAAAGUGAUCUUAAAAGAUGUAAUUGAUGUUUUCACUAAUUCACCUAAACCAUCCACACCAUUCAACAAUUUAUUUGAAGAGAUUAGAACUCUUGAUAGUAUCAGAAAUGAUACAAUGCCUGUAAAUGAACUGAGCUCCAAACUCUUGAGUGCCGGAAUUCCAGUAAGCAACAAGACGUUCCAAAAGAUCUUGAGACAAGCAUCUGUUGAUGAAAAUAGUAAUGUAAGUCUCAAGAAAAUUUUGGAGAAUUUGAACACAAGUAAGCCAACUUCUGUAUUUGAAGAUAUAGACACUGCCCUCAGUACUGUCAACUUGAUGAACUGUGACAGAGUUCAAGUUAGUGACUUGAAAAAUGCAUUUGAGGACCUCAAUAUUUCUUUAAAGCCUGAAGAACAUCAGAUGUUAGUGAAAACACUUGACACUGAUGAAAAGGGAGACACUUCCCUAAAGAGUGCCCUUUUAGCAUUGAAAAGCAAUAGGCGUUUACAAGAUUUUAGAGAGGUUAACAAACUUGCACAGGCCUUAGACAAAGUCACCAAUGAAAAACUUGAUGCUGACGAUGUAAAUUCUAUACUGAAAGGCCUGGGGAUUUAUUUUCCAGAGGAAGAAUUACAGGAGGUGCUUGGAUCCGUUUCUGUUGAUAAAGAGGGGAAAGUGAACUUAAAAGAUUGCCUGAGUCAGUUGAUGCAAACGCCAUAUUUUACUGAAGGUUCAAAAACAGAAGGCUCCUUGAAAGUUCUGGCCUCCAUUAAGAAAAAUGUGGCAAACCCUGAUGACCUAGACUUCAUGUUGAAAAAUGUAGGAGUUCCAUUACCCCAAGAUGUGAUUCAAAGAGCACUGAAUAAUGUGGCUCCCAGGGAGGAUGGGACAGUGAAUUUACAAGAGUUCAUGAACAAUUUGGUCAAUUCAGGAUUUUCAUCUCUUCCUGAAACUGAUAAUAAAGUGAAGAAGAAGAAGAAAGGAAUAAAAGAUAGCAUACCCAUAGGAGGGAAGAUUGAUGUCAGUAAUGUGGAUGCUAUUUUGAAAAACAUGGAUAUAAAACUUACAGAAGAAGAACAACAAUAUCUACUAGACCACCUGUCAGCUACUGCUGAUGAAGAUAUGGAUAUGAAUACGUUGACAGGGGUUGUGAAGACGCUUAAAGAAAAAAUUGAGAUCUGUAACCUGGACAAUUUCCUGAAAGAUAUGGGGAUUGAGGUUACAUAUGAGGAAUAUACAGAGCUAGUAAAUCAUCUCCCAACCAGUGCUGAUGGGAAGAUAACUCAACUUAAAUUGAUGGAUAUUAUAAAGACUCUUAAAGGAGACAAGGUUAAUGCUAAAAAGCCUAACAAUAUUCAGGAGACGUUGGGAGUGGAGCUCACAAAUAAGGAAUGUUGGAAUCUACAAGAACACUUACCAGUUGAUGAGGGAAAGGUUGAUAUUGAUAACCUUGACACCAUUCUAGAGAAAAUGGAAAUGAAUUUCUCUGAUAAGGAAUUUGAAGAACUGUCAUACAAUUGGCCAGCCGAUGGGAAAGUGAAACGUAUUAAACUAGUGCAUGCAGCUAUACCUGUUACAGGAGAGACAGUAGAUAUCAGAGACUUGGACAACGUACUAGGAAACAUGGGGAUUGAACUUACCAAAGAAGAACUUGGAGAGCUGACAAGAAACCUUCCAGUUGAUGCUAAAGGGGAGACUGAUUUGAAAUCAUUGAUGGAUACAGUGCAAGUUAUUACAGGAGGAGAAGUUGACUUCAAUGACCUGGAAAAUGUCCUGCAAAAUAUGGGGAUAGAGCUCACAUCUAGAGAACACUUGGAGCUAGAGAAAUUACUUCCAAUUGAUGCUAAUGGAAAAAUAUAUAAGAAUAGGUUGCUGAAUUGUGUGAAAGGUAUAAAAGAGUUGCAAGUCAAUGUUCAUGACAUUGACAGUAUACUCGGAAACAUGGCAUUCAAACUCACAGCUGAGGAACUUAAUGAUCUAACCCCAAAUCUACCAGUGAAUGGAGGGAUUAUUGAUGUCACUAAACCGGACACUGUCUUGAAAAACAUGGGGAUGAAACUCAUAGGAAUGGAAAGUAAAGCUUUGAUAGAGAACUUACCUGUUGAUGGGAAGGUUGAUAUAAAAAACCUGAAAACCAUUCUAGACAACAUAGGAAUCAAGCUCACAGAUAAAGAACUUGAAGAUCUGACACAAAGCCUGCCAGUCGGUGCUGAUAAUAAAGUGACUCUGAAAGCAUUGGAGGAUGAAGUGAAAGCUUUAACUGGAGAAAAGAUUGAUACUGGUGAUCUACAGAAUAUUCUAAAAAACAUGGGGAUUGAGCUUACAGAUAAGGAGCACAAUCAACUGCUAAAAACAUUGCCCAUUGAUGCUAAUGGAAAGGUGUCUCUAAACACGUUGCUGAAAGAUGUGAAGCAUAAUAAAACCUACAAGAAAGUUGAUCUGAAAAAACUGAUGAAUAAAGUAGAAGCUGUUACAAGAGAGGAAGUUGAUGUUGAUGACAUGAAAACAAUUCUAGGAAACAUGGGGAUAGAGCUUACGGAUAAAGAACUCACAGAACUGGUAAAUAAUCUGUCAGUUGAUGAUGGAAAGGUCUAUCAGAAAAGAUUGCUGGAUGGUAUAAAGUUUCUUAGAGGAAGGAAGAUUGACUCCAGCAAAGUGGACAUGGUUUUGGGAAACAUGGGCAUAAACCUCACUGAAAAAGAACUUGAAGAUCUAACACAAAACCUACCAGUUGAUGUUAAUGGUAAGGUUGAUCUGGAAAAGUUGAUGAAUGAAAUGAAAUAUUUUACGGGAGACAAAGUUGAUACAAAUAAACUUAAAAGUGUUUUAGGAAACUUGGGGAUUGAGCUCAUGCCCAAUGAACACUUGAACUUGCUGAAAACAUUGCCAGUUAAUGGUGAUGGAAAAGUGUAUCAGAAAAGGUUGAUGAAAGGCAUAAAGUCUCUUGAGCAAGGCAAUGUUGAUGUCAAUAAGCUGGACACUCUUUUAGAAAGCAUGGGGAUAAAGAUCACGGAAGAGGAAUUCAUGGAUCUAACAGAAAGACUACCAGAUGACUCUGAAAAGAAAGUCAAACUAAAUAAAUUGAUUAAAGAAUUGAGUGCUGUUUUAGGAGAACAGGUAGAUGUCAGUGACCUAGAAGAUGCGCUAAAAGACAUGGAAAUAGAGGUCACAUAUGAGGACUACUUGCCUUUAGUAAAAACUUUGCCGCUUGAUGCUGAAGGAAAGGUGUAUCAAAAAAGGUUGCUAGAUGGUAUAAAGACUAUUAAAAGAGGAAAGGUUGAUAUAAAUAACCUGGAUAAAUUUCUGGAAAAUAUGGGGAUUGAGCUCUCAGAAAAAGAACUUGAAGAUUUUUCAAAAGACCUACCAGUUGAUGUUGAUGAAAAGGUUGAUCUGAAUAAUGUGAUGCUGAGAAUAAAAGAUUUUACAGGAGAAAAGGUUGAUGCCAGAGAUCUGAAAAAUGUUCUUGGAGACAUGGGGAUAGAAGUAAAUGAUAAGGAAUGUGUGGAACUGCUAAAAUUACUACCAGUUGAUGGUGACAAGAAAGUUUUUCGGAAUAGAUUGCUAACGGGUUUGAAGUCUUUCAAAGGAGGAAAGGUUGAUAUCAGUAACCUGAAAACAAUUCUGGGGAACAUGGGGAUCAAGCUUAAAAAUAAGGAACUUCAAAGUGUGAUACAAAAUCAACCUGUUGAUGCUAAUGGAAAUGUUCCUCUGAAAAAGGUGAUGGAUGAUGUGAAAGCAGUUAUAGGAGAAAAACUUAGUGUGAAAAAUCUAAAAAAUAUUCUCGAAGGCCUUGGAAUAGAAUUCACGCCUAAAGAAUACUUGGAACUGGUACAAAAUCUGCAAAUUGAUGAUGAUGGAACUAUAUCUGAAAAUAGAUUGCUAGAUGGUGUGAAAUCAUUCAACGGUGGAAGGGUUGAUGUUAGUAACCUGGAAAACGUUUUGGAAAACAUGAAAAUCAUACUUCCAGAUAAGGAACUUAAAGAUUUGUCACAAAACCUACCAGUUGAUGCUUCUGGGAUGACUGAUCUACAUAAACUACUAAAAGAAGUAAAUAAAUUAACAGGAGGAAAAAUUCAAGCCAAGGACAUACAAAAAGUACUGGGAGACAUGGGGAUAGUUCUCACAAAAAGAGAACUCUGGAACCUGAUGGAAAUGUUGCCAAUUACUGAUGAUGGAAAGAUAUAUAAAAAUAUAUUGCUUGAUAAUAUAAAAUCAUUUCCUGGUGGGAAGUGCAGUGUCUCUAAAAUUGGUACUAUCCUGGAAAACAUGGGUUAUGAGCUGGAAGAUGAGGAAAUUCAAUACCUGCAGAACCACCUGCCAACUACUGAUGAAAAGAAGGUUAAACUGAAUAAGGUCAUGGAAAAUGUAGAGUCAUUUACAGGAACCAAGAUUAAUGCUAAUGAAGUAGAUGAUAUUUUGAAAAACAUAGGGAUAGAACUCACACCUAAAGAACGCUGGAAGCUGCUAAAAACUCUGCCAGUUACUUCUGAUGGAAAGGUGUAUCGCAAUCUGUUACUAGAUCGCUUAAAGACUUUCCAAGGAGGGAAGGUCUUUGAAAAUAAACUAGAAACCAUUCUGGAAAACAUGAACUACAAACUUGAAAACGAAGAAAUGAAAGAUCUACAGAACCAUUUGAAAACUGAUGAGAAUGGAAAGAUUUCAUUGAAUUCUGUGAUCAAUGCAGCCAAUUUAUUUUCUGGUGGUAAGAUUAAUGCCAGUGACACACAACUUUAUCUAGGAAAUGUAGGUAUUGAAUUUACAAAUAAAGAAAACCAGGAUCUACUGAACAUACUGCCAUUGGAUGAUUAUAAAAGGGUAUAUAAAAAUAGGUUGAUGGAUGGAGUGAAGACUUACAGAGGAGGAAAGGUUAAUGUCAAUAAAAUAGAUGAUGCUCUUGAAAACAUGAGAAUCCCACUUGAGGAAGAAGAAAUUGAGAAACUGUGUGAACACUUACCAAUUGAUGAUGAGAGAAGAGUUAAACUGGAUUUACUUCUGAAUGAAGUAGAUGAAGUUUUAGGGGAAGAAAUUAACUAUGAAGACCUGGAAAAUAUUCUGAAAAGCAUAGGGUUAAGACUGCAACUGAAGGAAAACUCGGUGUUGAUGAAAAGUUUGCCACUUGAUGCUGCUGGAAAGUUGUAUAAGCAUAAGUUGCUGGAUGGAAUAAGGUCUCUCAAAGGAGUGAAGCUUAGUGUUGAUAAGCUAGAACCCUUCAUAGAAUAUAUGGGCUUUGAGCUUGAGGAAGAAGAAUACCAAGAUCUGAAAAACAACCUGCCCAUUGAUGAUGAGGGGAGAGUUAAUGUGAAUGUGGUGAUGGAUGAAGGAUAUCUUUUUACAGGUGAGAAGGUUGAUACUAGGAACCUGGAAAAUUUUCUGGAAAAUAUGGGGAUAAAGCUCACAGAAGAUAAAGGCAUGCAACUGCUGAAUAAUCUUCCAGUUGAUGCCAAAGGAAAGGUAUUUGUGAACAGAUUGAUGAAAGAAUUGAGAGGUCUUGAAGGAACAAAAGUGUCUUCAGAUAAGAAGGAAAUUUUCUUGAAAAGCAUAAGAAUUGAUCUCAAGGAGAAAGAAAUCCGGACACUGAACGACCACCUACCAGUUGAUGAUAAUGGGAAGAUUGAUUUGAAUGUGAUGAUGGAUGAAGUUAAAAAUGUUACAGGAGAGCAGAUUCAUGCUGGGGAUGUGAAAAAUGUUCUGGAAAACAUGGGAAUAGAGAUCACAAAUAAGGAGCACAAAAAGCUGCUGAAAACUCUGCCAGUUUCUGCAGAUAAAAAGGUGUUUAAGAAAGAAUUAUUGGAUGGUGUGAAAUCCUUCAGAGGAGGGCAGGUUAAUGUCAAUGACCUAACGAGUGUUCUACAAAACACUGGGUUCAGACUCGAAGCAAAAGAAAUCAAGGACCUGAAGACUCACCUGCCAGUGACUGUAAAUGAAAAGGUUGACCUGGAUGUCUUGAUGGAUGCAGCAAAAGCUUUCACAGGAGAAAAGGCUGAAGCUGAUAACCUUAAAAAUGUGCUGAGAAACAUGGGGAUCGAACUAACAGAAAAAGAACACUCAAUGCUGUUAAAAACUCUGCCAGUCUGUGAUGGAAAGGUGUAUAAGAAAAAAUUACUGGAUAGUGUGAAGCCUCUCAAAGGAAAAAAAGUCAAUGUCAGUAAUCUGGAAACUCUUCUAAAUAAUAUGGAAAUCGAAGUUGGGAAAGAGGAAUAUGAGGACCUACUGAACCAUCUGCCAGUUGAUGAAAAUGAAAUGGUUGAUGUGAAUGUGGUGAUGGAUGAAGCAAAAGUUUUUACAGGAGAAAAAGUUAAUGUCAGUAAUCUGGGGAAUGAGCUGAGGAAAAUGGGGCUCGUACUCACUGAUGAGGAGCACAAGAAGCUGCUGAAAACUCUGCCAAUUCACACUAGUGGAAAGGUAUAUAAGAAUAGAUUGCUCAAAGGUGUGAAGGCCCUCAACGGGCCAAGGGUCAAAAUAAAAAAAGUGGAGACUUUUUUGGAAAACAUGGGUACUAAAAUCAAGGAUGAGGAGCUUGAGGAACUCAUGACCCAACUACCAACUGAGGUUGAGACAGCAGUUGACCUGAAUGACUUAAUGGAUGCUGUCAGUUACAUCAAGGGAGAGGUGAUUGAUGUCCAGAACUUAGACAACUUUCUAGCAAGUGAAGGGAUUGAGCUCACAGAAGAAGAAAUGAAGGAGUUGAUGCCUCAUUUGACAUUUAACGGAAAUGGAAAGAUUAAUGUUAAUUCAAUAAUGGAGGGCCUGAAGAAGUUUAAACCAAAAGGAAUGGUGACUCUGCAUAAGUUGAAAACUGCAAAUGAUAUUAAAGACAGAGUCACUGGCCACAUGGCAGUUUCAGAAAUUAAACCAAAACUUAAGCUGAAUCCUCUAACAAAAGUACCCAUCUCCCACAGUAAAAGGGAUAGAGACUUACCAGGAUCUCUUCAAUGCCAAUUACAACACAAAGAAAAGAAGCUAAGUGCUUCACAAAUGGCAGCUUUCCAAGAUGCCUACAACUUCUUCUACAAGGACAAAACUGGCUGUAUUGAUUUCCAUGGACUGAUGUGCACUGUAGCUAAGCUGGGAAUGAAUCUAACCAAGCAUGAUGUCUAUAAUGAAUUGAAAUGUGCUGAUAUUGAUGGAGAUGGGAAGGUGAACUUCUCAGACUUUAUCAAGGUGCUAACAGAUAAGAAUCUCUUCCUCAAGGCAGUGGUUCCAGAAAAGGAGACCUGUUUAGAUUUAGCUGGCAACCCAGGAAUCCUGUUGUUUGAAAUCCUAUCAAGGCUUGUAGAGACUUCAGCCCUACCCAGAAAGUCUAUAAUAGAAAUAGUAAGCUAUUUCCAAAGAAAAUUCCAGCAUACUGGCCCAGGAAUGUUGUGGAGUCCCUACACUAUGGGCUAUGGAAAAAGGACACUUAAGCCAGACAUAUGCACACCUCCGAGCUCAAGCAUGGCUGCCUUUGCUAAUGCUGCCCGGAUUGCAAUAAUGAAAGAAAAGGAUUUAUUUAAAUUUCUUGAAGAGCUCAAGAGAUGCAAUUCCGGUUCAGAUAGCCCAUAUUCAAAAAUACCCAUCUUUCCAUUGUUCCCUAAUGUGGAUGGGGUGGUGAUGGGAAAGCCAUUCAAAGACAUGCAGAAAUUAGAGAUGCUAAGAAGAAAGGAGCCUUUGAAUUUCUUUGAGGAUUAUUUUUUCCAUAAAAGAGACUGGAAAACACAGGCAGCAAAUAUAAAAUGUAUGGACCCUGCCUCAGGUUAUUCAAAUAACAUCCUCACCAUUGAUCAAAUGCUCAAGAAAAAGCAGACUUGUACAGUGGCCGAUGCAACUGCUAUUAAACAACAUGUGAAGAGAGCUACUGAUACCUAUAAUUUAGGAAUUGCCCUUGAACACCGAAAAGAAAUGCUAAACCUCUGGCAGAAGAUCCGAGGGGAUUUGAUUGGGAUAGACUCUGGAAAUGAGUCCUUUUAUGACACCUUUUCUACUUAUACAUGGUCCUGGAAUGUUUGCCAAGAAUUACUUUCUCCUAAGGACUUAAGGUUAUAUGAUGCCUAUGUGAAUAGAAAUUCCUCCCAUAACUCCAGAUCCUCUUCCUCAUCAGAUACCAGUGAAUGUGACACAGAUCCAGGAAGAAAAAGAAAACGGAAAGGUUUAAAGGGAUUUCAACAAUGAAAUUUCUACAUUUUCUAAACAGCUCAUCACAAACUACUUUUUCACAGUUGUCAAAAUUAUUGUUUCUUGCUUUUGUCUAAGUACAUUCUUAGAAGCUGGAAAUUUUGACAUCUUUUGGAUUCUGACCAGUAAAAAAGUUUA